AUGCUCUCGCUACCCCCCUGCUCAUCGCUCACGGAGCCUCCUUGCGGUAACCUGCAUUUCCUGCGGCACAAUCGCAGUCCCUCAGUGGGCUUUGUGCGCCUGUCGGUCGCCUCGCCUCGCCUCGUGCGUCGUUGUGUAGUGAAUUUAACCUCUUCCACUUGGGGCGGCGGGGCGGGGUAUGACGCCAGCCCUUCUCCCCGCUCCGGCACUGCCCGGCCGUGGAAACUGAGGACGAAGGUAGGCGUGCCAACGCGUGCCGCCAACGAAAGACGGGCAUUGACCUGCCUCCUGGCGAUUCGGUCCGACUGCAGUGACCGCGGGACGUAUCUUGGGGCAUCUAGAAAAAGGAAAAGGAAAGAAAACACGGGCGGGUGUGACGGCAGCCCGUUGUGUGCCCGCCCGCUCGCGGGGCGUAUGUUGGCGGCGCUAAUUUUGGCGGGGGUCGGCGGGCGGCGUCGGGUCGGCUUCGCCCGCUUGACGCGCCGCGCCCAGCAGCUCCGAGAACUCCGUCGCCCACUUCGUCUACCCGUCCGCCCGCCCGCGCCGCCGUCUGUCCGCCUGACAAGCUCUGUGACGCCCGCCGGCCCCUCGACUUCGCCGCCCCAGAAGAAGACGUCGCCCUCACGUAGCACUUGUCAUGAGAGAAGGGUGUGUUCGUUGCGGAUGGCAACAAGUGGCCUGGCCCAGCCGCGAACCGGAAAGUGCUUCCUAGUCAUAAAAGUCGAGUGUGGACGGGAUGAAAUAACUGCGGCCUGCCAGCGCCCUCUCGAACAUUCGUGGCUCGGGAGUGGGAAAUGCAUCGUCCACGGCGUAAAAAAGGAGAAAACAGGAGUCGACAGGAACGGGCCGGGCAGGGGUAGAACCGGACCGAAGCGGGGCGGAUGUGUGGCACGCGGCGGAGCAGGGGGGGGCGUGACAAAGAGAAAGAAGAUGCCGCUGCUAAAUAGGCCGUGGCGGGCGGGGUUCGCGCGCGCGGGGGCGGACAAAUGGAGUGUUUGGACGCGCGGCGCACGGGCGGGCGGGCCGCGCGCGAGGGCGUUGGUCGGGGGUGGCGCCCCUGGGGGGGGGGUGCGGGGCGCCGCAGCGCACAACGCCGCCCGCUGCACUCGUCGCCCGCCCGCCCGCCCGCCGCGGCGCAGUGUUCGCCUAUUUACGUGGCCGGCGCUUCCGCCCUGCUUUUCGGGGCGCAAUCGCUAUUUAAUUCCCCCCACCUGCCCAGCCGCGACGCCUCUAAUCAGGCGGGCAGGCGCUCUAUGUAUAUUUAGCGCCCUCUCGGCGGGGGAAGGAGACAACUUGGGCGGGGCGGGGCGGGGCGGGGCGGGGGGCCCUGCCUGCCCUGCGCCCCGUUUCGGCCCUCCGCGCCUCGCCGCGCUUGUAAGGCAGCGCGCGGGGGGCGCCGCGUGGUUGUUCAAAGGGCGUGCUCCACUAGAAAUAAUAAUAAAUAAUAAUAAUAAUAAUAAUAAUAUAAUAAUAAUAAGAAUAAUAAUAAUCAAUUUAAAUAAUCAUUUAUUAUUAUGCAUUUGCAUAAUAAUCCGUUAUUAUUAUUAUUAUUAUUAUUAUUAUUAUUAUUAUUAUUAUUAUUAUUAUUAUUAUUAUUAUUAUUUAAUAACUGAUUAUUUAUAG